CUCUCUCUACCUCUCUGACUCUCGUACACAGCAGCCUACGAGAGAGCAUCCCGUAAUCAGGUCACAUUUCACUGUGGACUCAGUAUCCAUCUCCUUGAUCUAAAACAACACCUUUAACAACGUUCGUUUGUUGACCAAGCUAUCAUCAAGCACCGAACGAUGGUGGAGGUCAUCAAUUUAAGGUGUCUUCUGGUCGCGGUUGUAAUGAUAAAAGCCUCUUCCGCGCAAGGAGAAGUGAAGACAGCGAAAGAAACCGGGAAAAAGGGGAAUUUAAUGGAAGAUGAACAGUGGCUAUCCACCAUUUCCCAAUACAGUCGGAAGAUCAAACAUUGGAAUCGCUUCAGAGAUGAAGUGGAGGACGACUACAUUCGAUCAUGGGAUGCAGGUCAGGUUUCAACUGAAAAUGUGGACACCACAAAGGAGCCCUGUCAGAAAGUAAAGUGUAGCCAGCACAAGGUUUGUGUGGUUCAAGGAUUCCAGCGUGCUGUGUGUGUGAAUCGCAAGAAGCUGGAGCACAGAAGUAAAGUUCCACUGGUGAAGUCUGAGCGCAGCUGUAGCACAUGCCCUGUGUCCACGUCGGGCCCUGUGUGUGGCUCUGAUGGCCAUAACUAUGCCUCCCAGUGUAAACUGGAACAGCAGGCUUGCCUCACGGGGAAGGAGCUGAGCGUGAAGUGUUCUGGUUCCUGUCCCUGUGCCACACCUGCCCCUCCCACCGAUAGGAGCGACAGCAGCAAACACGAGAGCUGUACAGGGCAGGACCUGGCUGAUUUGGGCGAUCGGCUGCGGGACUGGUUCCAGCUGCUCCAGGGCAAUGCCAAACAGAACUGGACAGGCAGCCCAGCAGCAAGCUCUGGCUCCGUCAUAGACAGGAGCCUGGUAGCCACCUGCAAGGACUCCAUCGGUUGGAUGUUCUCCAAGCUGGACACUAGCGGGGACCUCUACCUGGACCAGGCUGAGCUGGCUGCCAUCAACUUGGACAAGUAUGAGAUGUGCAUCCGACCUUUCUUCAACUCAUGCGACUCUUACGGCGACGGCAGAGUGUCCCUGGCUGAGUGGUGCCUGUGCUUCUGGAGAGAGAAGCCUCCCUGUCUGGCUGAGCUGCAGAGGAUCCAAGUGCAAGAGGGUGCCAAGAGAAAGCUGGGAACCUACAUCCCCAGCUGUGAUGAGGAUGGCUACUACCGUAAGCUGCAGUGUGACCAGAGCCGAGGCCAGUGCUGGUGCGUGGACCAGCACGGAGGGGAGCUAAUGGGCUCCCGCAUCCAUGGCAACCCGGACUGUGAUGAAGUGGUGGCGUACUCUGGAGAUUUUGGCAGUGGGGUGGGUUGGGAGGACGAAGAGGAAAAACAAGAAGCAGAAGAGAACGCUGAAGAAGCUGAGGAGGAAGAGGAGGAGGAGGAGGUGGGAGAGGUAGACGAUGGAGGAUACAUCUGGUAGAAAUUCCAAAUGGCUGCUUGACAUAACCCAGCUCUCUGUUAGUGAGCGAUAAAGGGACAGCUCUCAAUCUCUUGACACAAAAUGAUGGUUGGGAAGUGAUUGUCUGGACAUCUUUCUACAACACUCAAGAGCAGCACGGGUGGGUCUGGGGUCGGGACAUAGGAUAGUUACACUGGAAAUAGGAUACAGGAGAAAGAACUUCAAUAUGUUUGUCUUAAAUUCUUGUGAAACUUCAUGACUUUAAAUUGUAAUUUAUGUGCAAGAUGUUUUUUCCUCUUGCAACUGUCUUUAGAAGCCUCUACCACUGAAUCAGACCCUUACACUUGGUAUUUUACACUCCUAAAGGAGCUAUGUGGAACUCUGUAGGAUUCAAAUAGUCUUGACCGCAACCACACAACACUCUUUCAUUGACUUGCAUUGUGUUUAAUACAGCACCACACAUGGUACAAGUGGUAUUACAAGAGAGCAGGCCUGACACUCACUACUCUCUUCACAUUCUGUUGCUAUCUCUAGGUCAUUUUGAAUGUUUGAAACAAAAAACUCCACAUAGCACCUAUAAAGAAUUUUGUUUUUGUAGAUUGCAGUACGCUUAUUGAUUGAUUGGAGACUAUUAGAGUUCUGUACAAUUAUGACACCAAAGUGUAAGUACCGGUCUUAUGACAGGAGGGCUCCACUGUCUGAACAGUUCUUAUUUACAACCCCAGCACACAGCAUACCCUUUACAUAUGCCCUGUUAAUGAUACCUUAAAUAUCACAGAUACAUGUUGGUUCUCAAACCUUCAUAACUGUUUUCAUGAAAGACAUCCAUCACAUUUGUAUUAGGACUUCUAGUGUACCAAAAGUGAAUUGUCAUUAUGCUCUACAAUAAAGAGCCAAACAUCA